AUGGCCGCAACCGCACCACCCAUCCUCUCCGGCCGAAGACGCGUCUUCGCGUCCGUCUUCCCGCCCACCUCACUCGACGACUUCGGAACCACUCCUGUAACGACCGAGCCAGCGCACGACCAGCCAGAGUGGGAUGCCUCGUGGCGCGCAGCAACCGCCUUCCUGAGUAUUCCAGAUAACGGAUUUUUUCUGGCGAGUCAGAUCAGUGAGGAUGAGUUCCUCCGACUCGCGAAUCGACACCAGACACCGUCGAAGGAGGUAUCGGGUGCGCUGGAGUACUUGAGCGCGCAGACACAGGAUGAUCUCGCAGAGACAGGACGACGGAGUAUAAUUGACUGGUAUGGGAAUGAGAUCCGGAGGCAUUUUCUGAAGAAUUUCAGGGAGGGGUUGUCCACGUUAUUGAAUGAUCCGGAUAAAGAUGAAUUGCUGCAGAAAAUCGUACGUUGUUUGCAGCUGGCUCGACGGAUCUACUUCGCUCCUCUGAUGGAGUAUAUCUUGCCGUUGCUGGCUCGGUCGGAACAAGAGAGGGUAUUUAUUAAACUGCGGCGCGAGUUUCAUAUGAUGAUCUCGUAUGGGCUGCCAUGGCCGACAGUUUCGGGGUUACUCGCGCGCGAGAUCACAAAGGAGACGGUCGUUGUGCUGGGCCUAGAUACAUUGAAGGACGGGGAUCUCAGCGACACGGAAAGCGUGGAUAAUAUGGAAAUAGACCGUCAGCACUCUGUUUCCUAUCGGAUCUGGAAGGACGAGCCCUCUGCGGAGAUCCGAGUGCAUAUGAUGACCGAAAACGAGGAUGAGCAGGUCACGGGGGGGCGCGAACGGCUGUUGUCGUUAUUCACGGCACUCCAGCUGGUGGGGUUUGGCGGAGAUAAAGCCCAGAAGGUAUUUGCGGAUGUGAUGAAUGUCAUGGUGACGGAGUUUGUGCGCGCCGCGUAUACUGGUCAAUGGGAGGGACCGUCCUUGGUGGCGGAGCAUCUACGACAUUGGAUAGAGAAUGUGUUCGCUCGGCUGGUCGUGCAGGUUCUGGCCAUCAUCAACGUGCCGGAGUCUGGUGCUAAGGAGGAGGAUUAUUUGGAUGUGAAUCUCAGUGACGUGGACAAGUGGCAGGAUAUCGGAAUUGCUCGGCUGGGGGCGCUGCGGACGAGCGAGCUCUUCGAGGUGAUCGUGGAGUGGCCUAAAAGCAGCGGAGCCAUUGAAGACCUACGAUACUUCACGACGUAUACCGCGGCGCGACUCCAUCUGACACAUUCUUUUGCCGCGGUACUCAACCGGCGGCUGCUGCACCCUGGCGCCUCUACCGUUGAGAUCCUACAGCUAUACAUUUCGAUCAUCCGGGCAUUCAAUCUUCUCGACCCUAAGGGGGUGCUGCUGGAUCGGGUCGCUCGACCCAUCCGUAGAUACCUCCGCGAUCGCGAUGAUACGGUCAAGGCCAUUGUCGGCGGACUUUUGGCUGACCCGGCCGACGCGGAUGGGCACGCAACCUCGGGCGGAGAAACGCUGGUGGAACUGUCUGCCGAGCUGACCAAGGCGCAUCAGAACUCGCUGAGAAGCGAAACGGGUGAGCUCGACUGGGAUGAUAUGAACUGGAUCCCCGACCCGGUGGAUGCGGCGCCCGACUACCGGAAAUCGAAGAGCUCCGACGUCAUCGGAAGCUUGAUCAGCCUGUUCGAGUCGAAGGAGACCUUCGUGAAGGAGAUGCAGAACAUGCUGGCGGACCGGCUGCUUGAGAAGCGCACGGAAUUCGACCAGGAGAUGUCGGUCCUGGAGCUUCUCAAGGUCCGCUUUGGCGACAACGCCCUGCAGGCCUGCGAGGUCAUGCUGCGCGACAUCUUCGAUUCCCGCCGAGUCGACGCCGUCGUCCGCAACGACCAGGGUCUCGCCAGACGGUCUGCCUCCAAGUUCCCCAACACCCCCGAUCAGAAGGCAGACCACGAUGGCGACCAGCCCGACCUCCAUGCCAAGAUCCUCUCGCACUUCUUCUGGCCCGACAUCCAAGAACAACAGUUCAAGGUGCCCGAGGACAUCUCGCAGCUCCAACAGCGCUACUCGGCUGGCUUCGCGUCGCUCAAGCAGUCCCGCAAACUCACCUGGCUGAACGGACUCGGCCAAGUCACGGUGGAACUAGACCUCGAAGACCGGGUCUUCGUCGACGAAGUCACCACCUGGCAAGCCACCGUCAUCUAUGCCUUUAAUUCUUCCUCCUCUACCUCCUCUGAACCCAUCACCCACACCAUCUCCCACCUCUCCCAAACCCUCGACAUGUCCACCGCCCUAGUCCGCAGCGCCUGUCUCUUCUGGGUCAGCAAACGCAUCCUCACCGAAGUCCACCGCGACACCUUCCGCGUCCUCGAAGUCCUCCCCACCGAAACCGACGAACCCACCACCGCCGGCGGAAUCGACCCAUCCUCCCCCUCCGCCCUAGACGCCACCUCAUCCACCGAAACCCAGGACGCCGCCGCGGCCGCAACCGCCGCCGCUGCAGCGGCAGCCAAAAUAUCAGCCGAGGCAGCCGCUAUGGAGAAGAUGAAUCUGUACUGGCAGUUCAUUGUCGGGAUGCUCACGAACCAGGGCGCCAUGCCGCUACAGCAGAUCGUGAUGAUGUUGAAGAUUGCGGUCCCGGGAGGGUUCCCGUUUAGUAAUGAAGAAUUGCGCGAAUUUUUGGCGGGCAUGGUGGCUAGGGGAAAGUUGGAGAUUGCGUCUGGGGGGAGUUAUCGGAUUGUUUAA